AUGGAGGACCGUUGCAGUAAGUGGAUGUACAGGACAGUCGACUGCAAGCCUCCAUGGGCUCAAGACUGUGACGAGCUGUGUUGUGCCCCAGCCUGUCGAGCCAUGACAAAGGCGGUGUACUACAAGCUUUGGGCAUCCACCGCCGCCUGGACCCAGCGAAGCAACUACGGCUGGUACCAGGUUUGGUCUCGCAUGGUUCCCUGGGGAGCUUAUGUGGCCGCCCCAACGGCUGCUUGGUACAGCUUCGGCUGGUGGAGCGACGAGUGGAAGAAGAUCUUGACGCUGGGCAUCUAUGCCGUCUACUACAAGCUCUGGGCAUCCACAGCUGCGUGGACGCAGCGCAGCAACUAUGGCUGGUACCAGGUAGCAGCACCGACAGCUGCCUGGUACAGCUUCGGAUGGUGGAGCGAUGAAUGGAAGAAGAUCCUGACUCUGGGCAUCUAUGAGCCUCCAUCCAUCCACUGGGACUACGUCAUGACGGCCUCAGCCUCGAUGGUUCAAGGUACCCUGGCAUCCCUUACAAGUGACAAAGUGAGAGAAGGUGCCCCAGUGGCAUACGGCGACUCUGCAGAUUCCUGCUUGUAUGCACCCUGGCUCAACUUGUGUGCUCCAGCGGGGCAGUGGGCUCCCCAAGGGGCGGCGCUUGAGGCCCGCUCUCUGGCCAUCGCCCCCACCACCUGGGACUCCGUCGCCAGGCUCCGACUCAAUGUGGCUCGUGCGACUUCUGCUCGUCGCGCUGCUCUCUUCCACGCAGGGCGCCCUUCUGAAAGGAGGAAGCAGUUUGCGAAGCAAAGCACGGAGAACAACGUCCAAAGUCGGCACAUGGGCGAGAUGUCUACCGAGAUCGUCCACAAGACGGCGUAUUGGGGGUCCAUUCGAGUGGGCACGCCACUGCAGGAAUUCAAGGUGAUCUUCGACACUGGCAGCGGGAACCUCAUCCUGCCCACGGCGAAAUGUACCUCAGAUGGGUGCACGCGGCACAAGAAGUACAUCCCCUCGAAGUCCUCGACUUCCAAGGAGGUGACAAACGAGAACGGUGAGGGAUCGACGGAGAUCACAUUCGGCACCGGGUCCAUCACAGGCGACUUUUAUGAGGACCGGUUCUGCAUUGCAGAGUCCCUGUGCUCGGAGGUGCGCUUCAUCGGCUCGGUCGAGCAGAGUGCAGUUCCAUUCUCUUCCACUCCCUUCGAUGGCAUCUUGGGCCUUGGCUUCAAGGACCUAUCCAUGGGACAUAACUUCAACAUCUUGGACGACAUGUACCAGACUGGCUCCCUCCCUGCAGGGCAGUUCUCGGUCUUCUUGACUGAGGAUGGCUCCAGUGAGAUCACCUUUGGCGGAUAUAGGCCCGAGCUGCUGGCCUCGGAGGUGGUCUGGGCGCCAGUGACGCACGAGUCCUACUGGCAGGUCGGUGUUCAGGACAUCACUUUCGACAACAUCGACACUGGCCUCUGCGGCACGGACGGUUGCCAGGUUGCCGUGGACACGGGCACCUCGAUGUUGGCUGGGCCGCCAGCCCUUGUCAACAGUCUGCAGGAGAAAGUCUCUGCCAAGGAAGACUGCUCCAACUUUGAUAGCUUGCCCAACAUCGGCUUCAAAGUUGGCAACAAGGUUGGCUGA